AUGAAGCAGCAGCAGAGCUCAUCAUCGUGCGAGGCGGUAUCGUCGUCGUCGUCGUCGUCCUCCUCCGCCGCAUCCACUUCGGCGGACCAUUCGCAGCCCGCCACCUCAUCGCCGAAUUCGGGAGCCUCCGAAAAGCUUCCGUCGAUACCGGCGGCGGCGCCGGAGGACCUUUCCGUGGGGUCCAGGGACGGCGGGGGGGCACAGGAGAGCGUGACCGUCGAUCGGCGGGGCGAGUACUCGACGGUCUGCCGAUGGACGGUCCAGAAUUUUCCGAGAAUCAAGGCUAGGGCACUGUGGAGCAAGUACUUCGAGGUAGGGGGAUACGAUUGCCGGUUGCUAAUAUACCCUAAGGGUGACUCACAGGCGCUGCCGGGGUACAUCUCGAUAUACCUCCAAAUCAUGGACCCGCGGGGCACCUCGUCGUCCAAAUGGGACUGCUUCGCGAGUUAUCGGCUCGCCAUCGUCAACCUCGCCGACGAUUCUAAGACCAUUCAUCGCGAUUCUUGGCAUCGGUUCUCGAGCAAGAAGAAAUCUCACGGUUGGUGCGAUUUUACGCCUUCUUCUACUGUCUUUGAUUCGAAAUUAGGUUAUUUGUUCAAUACGGACUCCGUUUUGAUUACCGCCGACAUCUUGAUAUUGAAUGAGUCCGUUAAUUUUACGCGAGAUAGUAAUAACAAUAACAAUGAGCUCCAAUCGUCCAUCGGCUCGAUGAUGUCAGGUUCUGCGGUGGCCGGACCGGUUUCUGAUGUGUUGAGUGGCAAGUUCACUUGGAAAGUUCAAAACUUUAGUUUGUUUAAGGAGAUGAUUAAGACUCAGAAGAUAAUGAGCCCGGUGUUUCCUGCUGGAGAGUGUAAUUUGAGGAUUAGUGUGUACCAGAGCUCGGUGAACGGCGUGGAGUUUUUGUCAAUGUGUUUGGAGAGCAAGGACACGGACAAGACGGUUGUGUUGUCUGAUAGGAGUUGUUGGUGUUUGUUUCGAAUGUCGGUGUUGAACCAGAAGCCUGGGACUAAUCACAUGCAUAGGGACUCGUAUGGGAGGUUUGCUGCUGAUAAUAAGAGUGGGGAUAACACUAGUUUGGGGUGGAAUGAUUAUAUGAAGAUGUCAGAUUUUGUUGGGACUGAGUCGGGGUUUUUAUUGGAUGAUACUGCGGUGUUUAGUACAUCGUUUCAUGUGAUAAAGGAAUUUAGUAGCUUUUCGAAGAAUGGAGGAUUAAUUAUGGGGAGGAGUGGUAGUGGGGCAAGGAAGUUGGAUGGUCACAUGGGGAAAUUCAAUUGGAGGAUUGACAACUUCACUAGGUUGAAGGAUCUUUUAAAGAAGAGGAAGAUAACGGGUCUUUGCAUUAAGAGCAGGAGGUUUCAGAUUGGAAAUCGGGACUGUCGGCUCAUUGUUUAUCCCCGAGGGCAGUCUCAACCACCAUGCCACCUUUCAGUGUUUCUGGAAGUUACUGAUUCACGGAACACUUCUAGUGACUGGAGUUGUUUUGUGAGCCAUCGUUUGUCUGUUGUUAACCAGAGGAUGGAGGAGAAGUCUGUCACGAAGGAGUCUCAGAAUCGCUACUCCAAAGCUGCAAAGGACUGGGGCUGGCGUGAAUUUGUGACGCUUACUAGUCUCUUUGAUCAAGAUUCAGGGUUUCUUAUUCUGGACACUGUUGUAUUCUCAGCGGAGGUCCUUAUAUUGAAAGAGACAUCAAUAAUGCAAGAGUUUACUGAUCAGGAUACUGAGUCAAGCAGUGCUGGUUCGCAGAUUGAUAAGAACGGAAAAAGAAGUUCCUUCACCUGGAAGGUGGAGAAUUUCCUGUCUUUUAAGGAAAUAAUGGAGACCCGAAAAAUCUUUAGCAAAUUCUUCCAAGCUGGUGGAUGUGAACUUCGAAUUGGUGUAUAUGAGUCCUUUGACACCAUAUGUAUUUAUUUGGAGAGUGACCAGUCAGUUGGUAGUGAUCUGGAUAAAAACUUUUGGGUUAGAUACAGGAUGGCUGUUGUGAAUCAAAAGAACCCUGCUAAAACUGUGUGGAAGGAGUCAUCUAUAUGUACAAAGACUUGGAACAAUUCUGUUUUACAAUUCAUGAAGGUGUCGGAUAUGUUGGAAGCAGAUGCAGGGUUUCUUGUUCGUGAUACUGUUGUUUUUGUUUGCGAAAUAUUGGACUGCUGUCCUUGGUUUGAGUUUUCAGAUCUCGAGGUUUUUGCUUCGGAGGAUGAUCAGGAUGCAUUGACAACAGAUCCUGAUGAGCUUGUUGAUUCUGAAGACAGUGAAGGAAUUGGUGGUGAUGAAGAAGAUAUCUUUAGAAACCUACUUUCUAGAGCUGGAUUUCACCUCACAUACGGAGAUAAUCCUUCACAGCCACAGGUCACUUUACGAGAAAAACUUCUGAUGGAUGCUGGUGCUAUUGCUGGUUUUCUGACUGGGCUCCGUGUUUAUCUUGAUGACCCUGCUAAAGUAAAACGCCUGCUUCUUCCGACCAAGCUUUCUGGUAGCAGUGAUGGGAUGAAGGUCAAAAAGAAUGAUGAAUCUUCCCCUAGUUUGAUGAAUUUGCUUAUGGGAGUCAAAGUUCUGCAGCAGGCUAUCAUUGAUUUACUUUUGGACAUUAUGGUUGAGUGUUGCCAACCUACAGAAGGGACUUCUAAUGGUGACUUGUCUGAUACAAACUCAAAGUCUCCAGAUGGAAGCGGAGCUGCUAGUCUGUUGCAACCCGAUAGAGAAAAUGGAGCUACAGAAUCUGUAUGUGAAAGAUUGGAUACUGGCGCUGAUGAAACUAGCAGCAGCUCUUCGGCUGUUCAAAGCUCUGACGUGACUGGGAUUGGUGUACCUAGAAAAACUGUUCCUGGAAAACCAAUUUGUCCUCCAGAAACAUCUGCCGGGGUGUUGGAAAAUGUGACCCUUCGCUCAAAGACCAAGUGGCCAGAGCAAUCAGAGGAGCUCUUAGGAUUGAUUGUAAACUCGUUGCGAGCUCUAGAUGGAGCUGUUCCACAAGGCUGUCCUGAACCAAGACGUCGGCCUCAGUCGGCACAAAAGAUCGCUCUUGUACUGGAUAAAGCGCCAAAGCAUUUGCAGUCUGAUCUUGUUGCUUUGGUGCCCAAGUUGGUUGAGCACUCAGAGCAUCCACUUGCUGCUUUUGCACUUAUAGAACGACUUCAAAAGCCAGAUGCAGAACCUGCUUUGCGGACACCUGUUUUUGAUGCUCUGAGUCAACUGGACUGUGGCAGUGAAGUGUGGGAACGAGUUUUAUCUCAAUCUUUUGAGUUUUUGCUGGAUUCAAAUGAUGAGCCUCUUGUUGCAACCAUAGAUUUUAUAUUUAAAGCUGCAUCCCAGUGCCAACACCUCCCCGAAGCCGUCAGAUCUGUCCGUGUUAGGCUAAAGAAUUUGGGUGUCAACAUUUCUCCUUGUGUUCUUGAAUUUUUGAGUAGAACUGUAAAUAGCUGGGGAGAUGUUGCUGAAACCAUACUUAGAGAUAUUGAUUGUGAUGAUGAAUUUAGUGACACUUGCUCGACAUUGAAUUCUGGUCUUUUCUUGUUUGGUGAACAUGGACCGAUUUCUGAACGGUUUCAUCCGGUGGAUGAGCAGGCUUUCCGCUCGAGUUGUCUCUUUUCUGACAUUUACAUCUUGAUUGAGAUGUUAUCCAUACCUUGUUUGGCAGUUGAAGCCUCUCAAACAUUUGAGAGAGCUGUAGCUCGUGGUGCCAUUGUGGCUCAUUCUGUGGCCAUGGUUUUGGAAAGGCGCCUUGCUCAAAGAUUGAAUCUUGAUGGUAGAUUUGUUGGGGAUAAUUUUCAGCAGACCGAUGUUGCAGCAGAGGGAGAUGCCAAUGAACAGCUGAGAGUCCAACGAGACGAUUUUACUUCAGUUCUUGGUCUUGCUGAGGCAUUGGCCCUCUCUAGAGAUCAUUGUGUUAAGGGAUUUGUGAAGAUGCUGUAUACAUUAUUAUUGAAAUGGUAUGCUGACGAGACUUAUCGAGGGAGAAUGCUAAAGAGACUUGUAGAUCGAGCCACUAGCACUACAGAUAGUAACCGUGAAGUUGAUCUAGAUUUGGAUAUCUUGGUGAUGCUGGCUUCUGAAGAACAAGAAAUUAUCAGACCAGUUUUGAGUAUGAUGCGGGAGGUUGCUGAACUUGCAAAUGUUGAUCGUGCUGCUCUGUGGCACCAGUUAUGUGCUAGUGAAGAUGAAAUAAUUCGCAUGCGUGAAGAAAAGAAAGCCGAAAAUGCUACUAUGGUUAAAGAAAAAGCUGUUAUAUCGCAAAAACUGAGUGAAUCUGAGGCCACUAACACUCGUCUUAAGUCUGAAAUGAAGGCUGAGAUUGAUCGCUUUGCUCGAGAAAAGAAGGAACUAUCCGAACAAAUACAAGAAGUUGAGAGUCAGCUUGAGUGGCACCGCUCUGAGCGAGAUGAUGAAAUCAGAAAGCUCACUACAGAGAGGAAAGUGCUUCAGGAUCGCCUUCAUGAUGCAGAGACACAACUCUCUCAAUUGAAGUCUCGAAAACGUGAUGAAUUGAAGAAAUUGGUGAAGGAGAAAAAUGCUCUUGCUGAAAGGUUGAAGAGCGCUGAAGGUGCACGUAAAAGAUUUGAUGAAGAACUUAAACGGUAUGCCACAGAGAAUGUAACCCGAGAGGAAAUUCGACAGUCUCUCGAAGAUGAAGUACGGCGAUUGACACAAACAGUGGGGCAAACAGAAGGAGAGAAACGGGAGAAAGAAGAGCAGGUUGCUCUGUGUGAGGCGUAUAUUGAUGGGAUGGAAUCAAAAUUGCAGGCCUGCCAGCAAUAUAUUCACACCCUUGAGGCAUCACUUCAGGAAGAAAUGUCCCGACAUGCUCCUCUGUAUGGGGCGGGUUUGGAAGCUCUAUCAAUGAAGGAGUUGGAAACACUUUCACGCAUCCAUGAAGAAGGCCUCAGGCAGAUCCAUACCCUUCAGCAGCAGCGUAAAGGCAGUCCAUCCGGCAGUCCUCUUGUGAGCCCUCACGCUCUCCAACACAAUCAUGGCUUAUAUCCUUCAACGCCACCCCAGAUGACCGUUGGAAUGCCUCCUUCGCUCAUCCCAAAUGGUGUCGGAAUCCACAGCAAUGGGCAUGUGAAUGGUAAUGUUGGACCAUGGUUCAACCAUUCGUAGAUGCCUGGGUCCUAGACUCGUAGCUCUCUUUUGUGCCAAUGUCAGCAUUGGUUGGCCCAGCGGAAUCGGGUGAAACUGCUAUUUUUGGAGUCGGUUUUAUGACAUUUAGGCUGUUUGAACUGUUGGAACCGAGUUGAAAAGAGAAAGAAAAAGGAAAAAAAAAGGAAUAAGAUGAUAAAAGCUAGGUUUAGCGUUUAAGUAAAAGUGAGGAAGAGAAUCCAAUACAGUUGCAAAUGCCAAUACUCCCUCAUUUGCCCCCAUUUUGCUCCCCUUGAAGUCAAUUACAGGCUUUUGCUCCCCUUAAAUUUUUUGAUAUUCCGAUGUUCAAUCUAUUUUCCCAA